UUCAGCCCUUUCUCAAGCUGUUGAGAUUUUCCCCUCAAACUCCGUGAUUAUAUUGACGCCAGAAUAUCAUUCGCAAACAAAUAUUUCCCCUCCUCUCUCUUUCUCUCUCUAGGGUUUUUAGGGUUUUCUAUACCCGCCGGUUAAAAUGGAUAGAUACCAGAAAGUGGAGAAGCCGAAGCCUGAAUCUCCGGUAAAUGAGAAUGAGAUCCGUAUCACUUCCCAAGGUUUGGUCCGGAACUACGUUAGCUAUGCCACCACACUUCUUCAGGAGAGGCGAGUGAGAGAGAUUGUCUUAAAAGCGAUGGGCCAGGCAAUAAGCAAGACUGUGGCUAUCGCAGAGAUCAUCAAGAGAAGGGUUCCUCGACUGCAUCAGGACACUGCCAUCAGUUCAGUGAGCAUAACUGAUACAUUUGAACCCAUUGAAGAGGGCCUUCAGACUGUGGAGCAGACUCGCCAUGUCUCAAUGAUAUCAAUCACCCUGUCUACUAAGGAGCUUAACAAGAGUUCUCCUGGGUAUCAAGCUCCAUUUAAUGUGGAUCAAACUAAACAGCAGCAGUACAACUAUCAGCCACAGCAACAGCAACCUCCAAGACAAGCACGUGCAAUUUACAACACUGGUAACGGAGAUUCAUAUGGACGAGGAAGAGGCCGUGGCAGAGGGAGCGGACGAGGUUGGAACAGAGGUGGCUAUACAAACUACCAAGAAAAUGGUGGAUAUUCAGGUGGCUAUUCAGGUGGAUAUCCUAAUUGGGGCCGAGGUGGCGGUCGUGGGGGUUGGGGUUAUAGAGGAGCUGGAUAUGGCAGAGGCAGAGGUGGAGGUGGGAGAGGAUAUGGGCGAGGACGUGGAAGGAUGGGUGGUCGACCGAGGGGUGGGGGUGGGGGCGGCGGCAUCCAAGCAUAGUUGGGAGUUGUUUCUGGUUUGGUGCUGCGGGGAAGUGCUUGCCUUGGCUUCAGGUGUUGCUAGUAUGUUCAAAGUUUGUUUACUACUGAUGAUGAUGAAAUGGUGGGGUGUUUACCGAGCGUUAUUACUAGAAGAAGCUGGUUUGUUUGUUUCUCUGUGUGGGCAAGCUUUGUUUGCAGACGUUUGUUUUUACAGAGCCAAGAGCAAGCAACCGAUUUCUCACUGCUAUAAAUAUUCUUUUAUCUCUGCUUCUCCUUUCAUGUUAUCUCUCAUCAUUGAACCC